AUGGUCCGGAUAAAACACCGCUACCUCCUCCUCAACAUCCUCUAUCCAUCCCUGGACAAAGCCAACACUCCCGCCACCCAGAAUGACUCCAUCCCAUACACUGUCCAAUUCCGCCGUCCCAGCUCAGACUAUCUCGAUGCCAAACUCCUCGGUCGCAUGAUCCGCGAUGGCGUAGCAGAGCUCUUCGGCGACUACGGAGCUGGAACCACAGCCGGUAGUCUUCAGGUCAAAUAUGUCAGCUCAGCAACAUCAACAGCUAUUGUCCGCGUAGCGAGAGCGCAUUACAGGAUGGUCUGGGCGGCGCUGAGUUUUGUUACGAAGUUGCCGAAGCCUAUUGAUACGGUCUGUGUUGUGCAGGUGGUGAGGGUUAGCGGGACGAUCAAGAAGGCCGAGGAAGAAGCUAUCCGGAGGGCGAGGGCUGUUAUCGUGAGAGCGCAGAGGGCGAGAAGUGUAACGGGGGCGUUGGAGAUGGGUGGUGGGCUUGGUGCUUCAUCUCUUGAUGAGAUUGAUGAUGAUGGGCUAGGCUUUGCGAAUGGUAUUGAGGAUGCCGACGGACCGGACGACAUGGACGAGGAUGAAGACUGA